AUCCUCCAGCCCAGGCAGCAAACCAAGGCUGUGAGAAGAUUGGAUGUCAUUGGAUGAUUUAAUUAAACAGUAUAUUCUUCAAUCUCUGCUGACACUUCCUAACCCAGGGGUGUCAAACUCAUUUUAGCUCAGGGGCCACAUUGAGGGAAAUCUAGUCCCAAGUGGGCCGGACCGGUAAAUAAAAAAAAAACUUCAGAUUGUUUUCUUUGUUUUAAUACAAUCAAUAUGAAACAAGGCUGGAGCCUGAGGACAGUGUAGUACAAUUACAACACCUGAAGUGUACUUGAAAAUUUGAAAACAAUAAAAAAUCAAUAAAUAAAAAUUCCUUAGUGAUUCAAAGAGCUUACAGAUCACAUGGCAAGAUCAGUUCCAUGCAGCACUUAAAGUAUAUUUGACUCAUUUUACUUUACAUCUUUUAGCUUUCACCAGCACAUCAACAUCAGAAGUCACAUCCUGAGAGGCGGCCAACUUCAGGAUGGGACUCAAGUUCUUGUGUGAGCCUUGAGCGCAGCUUUGUUUUAUUUAUACUCGUUACAGAGAAAACUUGCUCACAAAGAUAAGUUUAUUUUCACUCUACAUUGUAAAGUAUGAAAAUAAAGUUUUCACAACCAUCUCGCGGGCCGGAUUUAACCCGCUUGUGGGCCGGAUCCGGCCCGCGGGCCGCAUGUUUGACACCCCUGUCCUAACCUUUUCACACUGCUGUUUCUACCAAUGCCUUUCUCUGUAUCCCAUGAUUACCUUUUUCCUUCCUUCACAUGUUUUAAUCCUAAUUUUUACUUUCGCACAUUUAAUUUAAAUUUUACUCAUUUUUAAAAUGAUAAAUGACCCGCACUUGUAUAGGAGUGAAAGGACUCCAAAGUGUUUUAUACUACAGUGUAUUUCACACACACACACUGAUGGUGAUGAGCUACGAUGUAGCCACAGCUGCCCUGGGGCGCACUCGACAGAUCAUCAUUUUUUAUAGUAUUAUUGUGACACAAUGGGAUUUUUAUUGUGAGAGGUGCUAUAUAAGAACAAUUUCUUCCUCUUUAAAAGCUCAGUGACUGAUAAUACUUAAUAUUACCAAAACGUAACUUUUUGGGGCCUUACGGGGAAAGCCGAGCUCUGGAACACACACAUCACGCAUUAGGAAUUCUUCGCCUCAACAUUUUAAUUCACUAGACAGGCACGGCUGAUUGAGGACUCUUUAUUUAUUAUUACACAAUAAAAAUUGUUAAUAAAUAAAUACACUAUUUUUAUAGUUUUAGUUUGACAUGAGUUCAGUGUCCCGGUGCACACUCCAUUCCAGUAGGUGGCGGUAAUUAUGCAGCUGUUUGCCACAAGAAGAAGCCUGACGCAAAGCUGUAAGUGUCUAACCUCACACCAAAUUCUUGCUUUGCAAAGUACAUUUAUUUAGUCUGGCUUGCCAGGCUAGUAAGCAUCACCAGGCUGUGGAAACUUCAUUCUCUCCCGUAACAUUCUGGGGUGAGUUCUUUUCUUUUCCUGAACCAGACACGCUGCGGUCUUCGUGACAACCGAAGCUGCAGCAUCAGGUCAGCAGAAAGCGUCCUGGUCUCUGGGUCUGCUGCUGCUCCUUGGGCCUCUCUGAGAAAUGCGCUCGUUGUCCAUCAGAUUUAAGAGGUUCCCUAUCAGACUCGGGCUCUUUAGUUGGUCAUAGUGCAGGAUCGCUGUUGUCAGACGGAAGAGCCCAGAUUCAGAUUUUGACUUUGGAGAGGAAAUAAGGUGCAGUACCGGAGUCGUCCAGAGGGGCAGCAGCAUCACUGGUGCAGAGGAUGUUGAAAUGUCAAAAUACAGCAUUGGGCCAGGAAUGAUGAGGAGGUUCUGGGUGACCAGCUGCUCUGGAACCAGGAGAGGACUUUCAUCGUGGACCAGGAAGACCCUACAGGAUGGACCAGAACGCCUCUGAGCUUUUAGCAAAACACGAACAAAUAAAAGGUGCUACCGCUUCAGGAUGUUGGAUCAUCUGUGACUGAUUUGUGUGUCCCUCUCCUGAAUCAAAGUUUGUUCCAUAUGGAUCUGGACAGCAUGACUACAGAUAUCCUGUUGGUUAAAGAAGAGGAUCCUGAAGGACAAAGUACUGGUGUGGACCAGCAGGACCAGGAAAACCUCCCUAUAAAUGUGGAACAGGAGGAACUCUGGACUUGUCUGGAAGGAGAGCAGCUCAGUUUGAAAGGGGAAACUCGUGCCACCUGGUCUCCAUCCAUUGCAGUUUCUAUAAAGACUGAGGACGAUGAAGAGAAACCUGUGUUCUCACAGCUUCAUCGUCAUCAAACAGAAGACAGAGAUGUUUUAACCAGCAGCUCGGUUAAGCAGAAGACAGGAAAAACUUGUGGAGGAGCAGAAAUGAGCAGGAACCCAGAUCUGAACCUUCGUAAACAGACAUCUGAGUCUUCAGAGACUGAAGUUAGUGGAGAUGAUAAAGAGGAUGAAGAUGUGAAUCUAGACUCUGAGCUUUCAGACUUUGGACCUGAAAUUGGAGAUCAGGACAAUGACUGGAAUGAAAGCAGGUCUUCUGAGUCAAAUGUUGAGACUGUCAACAAAUCUGUUAGCUGCUCUGAGUGUGGUGAACAAUUUCUCCACAAGUGGUCUCUCCAGAAACAUUUGAGAGUGACAAGUGAUUCAGCAAUUGGGUCUUCAGGCUGUUUGGUUAAUAAGAAAUGUGUUGGAGAGAAGCAAAAUGUAGACUCAGGCAAGAAAGUCCAGGUGGAACCAAAAUCAUUUAGUUGUGAUGACUGUGGAAAACAAUUUAGCCAAAGGACAACUCUAAACAGUCACAUGACAAUUCACACAGGUCAGAAGCCUUUUGUUUGUGAGCUCUGUGGACAAACAUUCAGACAAAAGAACACUUUAUACAGACAUAUCAGAGUCCACACAGGACAGAAACCUUUUACCUGUGAGCUCUGUGGAAAAACAUUUAGACAAAAGACAUAUUUAAACAACCACAUGAGAGUCCACACAGGUCAGAAACCUUUUACCUGUGAGCUCUGUGGACAAAGAUUUAGCCUAAAGUCAACUUUAAACAGCCACAUGACAGUCCACACAAGACAGAAGCAUUUUGCUUGUGAGCUCUGUGGACAAAGAUUUAGUCAAAAGACAAGUUUAACCAGACACAAGAGUGUCCACACAGGACAGAAACCGUUUGCUUGUGAGCUCUGUAGGCAAAGUUUUAGCCGAAAAACACACCUAAUCAGUCAUGUGAGAGUUCAUACAGGACAGAAACCGUUCUCCUGUAAGUUCUGUGGACAACGAUUUAGCCAAAAGACACACUUAAACAGUCACAUUAGAGUCCACACUGGACAGAAGCCUUUUUCCUGUGAGCUUUGUGGAGACAAAUUCAUGUAUAAGAAAACUUUAAACAGUCACAUGACAGUCCAUACAGGACAGAGGCCUUUUGCCUGUGAUCUCUGUGGACAAAGGUUUGGCCAAAAGACACAUUUAAACAGUCACAUGAAAAUCCACACAGCACAAAAGCCAUUUGCCUGUGAGGUCUGUGGACAGAGAUUUUGUCGAAAGUCAACUGUAAACAGUCACAUGAGAGUCCACACAGGACAGAAACCAUUUGGUUGUGAGCUCUGUGAGCAAAACUUUAGUCGAAAAUCAACUUUGAACAGACACAUGCGUGUCCACACAGGACAGAAACCUUUUGCUUGUGAGCUCUGUGGACAAAAAUUUUGCCGAAAAUCCACUUUAAAAAAACACACGGGUGUCCACACAGGAAAUGAGUAAUUAUUUUGCAUGGAUGAUGUAAUAACAAAGUAUGACAUCAUGUGGUUAAAUUUAGGUACUGCAGCUCAUUUUCAAAACAAACAACUCUCUGACCCCCAUUUUGUGAGUUUCAUGGCAUUGCCAGCUAUGGAUCAGCAUCAGAUACUUGAUGGCAAGCAAAGAACAGUCACACGAUAAGUACAUAACUACAUUUCAUUGUAUUAAGUUGUAGGUAAUUGAAAUGGCUUGAAACUUCUUUUAGAGCCGACAAUUCAUUUUUAAUUCACCGUUAGCACAGUUAGCUCAGAUUUUGCCUCGGUCUGGCACUGCUAGAGAAAUUGCAUUUACAGUAAUGUUGACUGUGUUGUUUGUGUGGAGCUGACUGUUUUUUCCAGCCCUAAUUUCUUGUGGUUUAUUUCUGGCAGUCCCCACUCAUAUGGUGAUCCCAUCCAGGCACACCUAUGCCUGUAUGACAGGUAUGUGAACAGACAAGCAGAAUGAUGUUCAGGAGUUUGUAGGAGUGAACAGCCUGUUAUUUUUGAUUUUGGUGUACUGUUAAUGCUUAAUAAGGUUGGUAAGAUAUUUGGUUUACGUUGAGUCGGUACUUUGGGUUAAAAUUCAGAUGGUUCUUCUUUUCCAGUUCUACCAUGUAAAUAAAAAGAAACCUCUUGUAAACAGGUUA